GUCAGUAUAACUGAACACUGCACACUGUUCAUCUUGGACAGACAGGCAUCAUGUUGUGUCGGGGGCUCCUGCAGCAGACAGUCCGAUUCAUGUCGACCAGCAGACAGGCUGGUGUCCUUUUUGACGUGGACGGUGUCCUGCUUCGCGGUGGUUCUGUGAUUCCUGCAGCUCGUCGAGCUUUCAGAAAGCUUCUGGACAAAAAUAACAACUUUCUUUUUCCCGUCGUCUUCGUCACCAAUGCAGGAAGCUGUCACAGAAACCACAAGGCUCAGCAGCUGUCUCGCCUGCUGGAGGUCCAGAUCACCCCUGAGCAGGUGGUGCUCUCCCACAGUCCUUUGCGAAUGUUGAAGAGUUUUCAUGAUAAAUGCGUCCUGGUGUCCGGACAGGGACCAGUGAAGGACAUCGCCAACUCCUUGGGUUUUCAGAAGGUUGUGAGCAUCGAGCAGCUCCGAGAACAUCACCCCCUGCUGGACAUGGUGGACCACAACAGGAGACCAAAACUACCUUCGUCGGCUCUGCAGACUCCUCCUAAAAUAGAAGCAAUCAUCCUCUUUGGCGAGCCAAUCAGAUGGGAGACCAACCUGCAGCUGCUGGUCGACGUACUCCUGUCCAAUGGGAGUCCUGGUUGUGUGUACGAGCCUCAGCUGGUGGCACAGCUACCGGUGCUUGCCUGUAACAUGGACCUUGUGUGGAUGGCAGAGGCCCCGUCACCAAGGUUUGGUCACGGGAUGUUCAUGCUGUGUCUGGAGUCCGUCUACAGGAAGCUGACUGGGCGGGAUCUUCAGUACCAGGCACUUCUGGGGAAACCCAGUCUGCUAACAUACCAGUACGCCGAGCAUCUGCUGAGACUGCAGAACCACAAUCACAAGCUAACCACCAUCUACGCUGUUGGAGACAACCUAAUGACAGAUAUCUAUGGUGCUAACCUCUACAACCGAUACCUGGCUCAGCAGCAUGCUACCAUGAAAACCACUACCAAGCUUGUUGCUGAGGGAACAGGCAGUCAGGUGACGAUGGCGGUGCCGGAUGAGGAUCUGAUGUCAGCGGCCGCUCAGUGUCACUCCAUAUUGGUGUGCACAGGUGUCUAUAACCCUCGCUCCCCGUUACCCAGUGACCAGAGUAGCGCGGUUACAGAGACGGUAUUCCAUGGUCACAGAGACCUGGUCUUGGAUCCAGACCUGGUGGAGCCCAGUCAUGUUGUGGAGGACGUGGAGGUCGCUGUCGACCUGCUGCUGCAGCAGGAGAGCUCUACCUGAACAACAUCUGCAGCUGAAACCUGGAAUCUAACACCUGAUUACUGUCCUUCGGUCUUUGACCCCUGACCUUUGUAUGAUUGUUAUUUGUAUUUUUGUAACUUUUAAAAAUGUAUUUAAACUUGAAAUUCAAUCACAUCAACAAGAUGACUUUGCAUUAACAAGUGUGGCAUUGGAUCCAUACACCCCAUUUCCAUAACAGACAAGCUUCAACUGGAAUGCAAAGAUAAAGUUAACAAGAAAUAACAUGGGGGAAUAGAUAAACAUGAGCAAUGAAAAAUACAAUAAUGAAAUGGUCUGAGGUUUUCGGUUAACUUACAAUCUUAUAUUUAUAACUUGACUGUAAUACUUUAUCUGUUGUAUUUGUAUUAUUUGCCAGUGUCUUAUAAAAUAACUUUUAAAUGCCUCCUAGUGGCAGGUGCUGAAAAUAAAUGUUCCUUCAAAGUAGUAACUACAGUGAAACUGGUGCCAGAGCAAAUCUUUGUAUUGCAGUCCUAAUGUUGUGUUCUUUUAAUAAAGGAUAAAUUAUGAA